AUUUGAAAUAUCGUGUUUGGUCAUCGAUUCUUUGUUACUUAAAUGUAGACUGGAUACGUCAAACCCUCUGAUGCAAGUAGGCUAUGCGCAUAGUGUUCAGAACUCCGGCUUUGGGAACAUUGUUGCCACUGUAGUUGCAUGAAAUAGGCUUUUUGUCGAUGGGUGUCCUUGGGAACACUCAUCUGGUGCUCGAAUCUGUAGAGUUGGCUUAACAUUCUUCACACGCGUGUGCCCUCUACUCGGUGUGUCUAUUUAACACCGGUCAUUCGACUUUCGAAAGGAAUCAAAACGGUCAUAGUAGGGUUGUCAGAGUCGAGGAUCUCACGCGCAAGCACCCCUCCCCCACGAUAGCCGAGUUGUUUUCAUUCAUAAGGUUUCCCCCCUUAUUUCGAUUCAUCUCUAUCACAUGGGCGGUUGCUUGGUCAAUUUAACCCGAUGGCAUAGAAAUGUUUGAAGUAUGAUAUGGCUAAAAACGGCGUAUUUAUGUCCCUUUAAAAUAUAUAUAUACAUAUAUAAUAAUUAUACCACCCAUCCAAAUAAUGGCUAAACCUAGUUAUUGUGCUUCGUGCGAGCUACUGUGGAUUUUCAUGAAGCAGUGUCAACAAAUUAGAGCCUUGAUCAUAAGCAAGCUGUCUUCACGUAGAGAAUUCCUGUCUGUACAUUUUAUCGCUUUUUUUUAACUCGCUUGCGUCAUUCUGAUUACACCUUGCCAAUAUGUGUUUACCGAUCAGUCCCAUUUGCACUCCGGUUUCGACGGAUACGCGUUUAUAGCUAGGCCUGAUACCUCGGCUAAUUCCAGAAGCUGUUGGUAUCCAAUAGGCCUACGAGUAACGGUAUUAGGUUUUAAUUCGAUUGUAAAAAUGUGCUUUUGAAGUUAUUGAGAAGAACAAUAACUUAAACAUUUGCUUGAAAUUACAUGGACAUAAAGUCGACACUGACGUUGUGGCAUUUUGUCGCGACCCUAGUAUUUUUUAUAUAUAUUUUUACCCUAUUGUCUAAACAUUUCCUUCAAACCGUCUUCCGUUUAGUAAUAGAAUAAUAAGUGAGGCGGCUCAUUUUGUCCUCUUGAAUCGUGGCCUCGUUCCGUCGCCGUGGCGCUUUAUAAUGUUAACUAGUCAUACAUAUGUAAAUUAGACCGGGAAGUAUUUGUACUGAAGUUUGGAUGUGUGCUUAUUGAGGAAGCUACAAAACGAGUUAAUAGUAUACUUUUCCACGGCUUGCUUCGCCCAGAGCAUUAAAAUGUGCCAUUGUAAAGGGGAUGUUGAUCAAAUAAAAUUUUUGGGCUAAGUGAACAUGCUCUUAACAUUGUUGAAGGUUUUCUGAUGCAUGCCAAGUCCACGGUGAAUGUCGGAAGUGGUGAUCACCCCAGAUGGCGCUCCAAAGUCAACAUGGCCCUGGCGGUUCAUUAGUGGUGAUCCAGCAGCCUUCCCUGGAGGGCCGGCAGAGGUCGGAUUACGAGCGGGAGCUCCAUCAUGCCGCCAUCCUCUCCCUGGACCAAAUCAAGGCCAUUCGCUCCAGCAACGAGUACACAGAGGGGCCGUCGGUGGUCCGGAGGCCCCCUGCGCCCCGCAUGGCACCCAGGCCCGACAAGCAGCAGGAGAGGACUCACGAGGUGAUCCUCGUCAAUGUGAACAACAACUAUGAGCACCGGCCGGUAGGGCAUGGCCACCACAGUGGGGUGGUGGUAGUAGCCGGAGGCCAGCAGUGUAGCACCAGGGCCCCGGGCCUUAAUCGCUCCACCAGUACAGGCAGCGCGGCCAGCUCCGGGAGCAACAGCAGUGCAUCCUCUGAGCAGGGACUCCUGGCCCGCUCGCCUCCCUCUAGACCGGGGAUGGUGGCCCUCCACCAGCACCACCACAGAGCCGAGAGGACUCAGCCUGUUCGGGCUCAGCCCAAGGCGCUGCUAGCCCCCCAGCAUGGCUCUCACCCGCCGCCGCCACUGGAGGCACCGCUCAAGCCCUCAGGGAAAGGGGACGUGGCGUCUGGCCACCAGUUCAUCUGCGAGCGCUGCGGGAAGUGCAAGUGCGGGGACUGCACAACCCCAAGGACCCUGCCCUCUUGCCUGGCCUGCAACGGCCAGUGCCUGUGCUCGGCGGAGAGCGCCCUGGAGCAUGGCACGUGCAUGUGCCUGGUCAAGGGCAUCUUCUACCACUGUUCCAAUGACGACGAGGGAGACUCGUGCGCCGACCACCCCUGCUCGCUGUCGCGCUCCCACUGCUGCUCACGCUUCCUCUGCAUGGGAUUACUGUCGGUACUGUUCCCCUGUUUGCUGUGCUACCCGCCCGUCAAGGGGUGCCUGAAGGCGUGCCAGGGCUGCUACGACCAAGUCAACAGGCCCGGCUGCCGCUGCAAGAACUCCAACACUGUCUAUUGCAAAAUGGAGAGCUGGUCCCCGCAGGCCCUGGAAAAGCCUUCCUGAUCCCGUGUGUGUAGGAAGAGGGGCAGUCGAUCCCCGUGCGGUUCUGACGAUGAUAAUAAUAUUCACUAUUGAUGUUAAUCAAACAUUUGAAGCACCUCCCAUCUGCCUCCCUUUCUCCAACAGGGAAUCCUGCUAGGAGUAAAGCACGGAAUAUGAAAACCACUCAAUUAUUUUUUAUAUUUCCUUCCUUUUUUUUCUGACAGGGCCAUGUUGUUACAGACCAGUGUUUUGUCUGAACUGUUUCUGUCUCUCUUCAGCUACUCAUUAAGAAUAUUCUGUUAGCUAGGCAGUUUCCCUGGUGCUUUAAGCUUCAAGUGAGAGCAGCCUCUUACCAAAUCUGUGAAGGACUAUCUAGCCAGGCAAUAUGUAGCUGUUACCACGUGUUCAUAGCUAACGAGGAUUGUGUGAAUUCCCAGUUGCUACCACACUAAGACCAUGGUUAUCUGGGUUUCUGUGCUCGAGUUGCAUUAUGGAAAGCACAUGCAUCUCAUAGUAUUCUGUUGGAUAUGUUUGUCUCUUCCCCCUCUCAUCAUUCACACACAUUCUGUGGCAUUCUUCCCUGUUUUUUUUUUUGUUUUCAUUUUGUAAACUGUAUGCUCAAACCCAUAGGAGUAAAUUCUGGCUAUUUUUUUAAAAAGAAAAUGUCUGUUAAAACAUUUUUUUUUUUUUUUUUGUAAAAAAUAUUUAUUAUGUGAAGCUCUAUUUUAUGAUAUUUAUUGCAAAAGACAGUCUUAAAUGUACUCAUGUCUGAAUAUAACAAAAUAUCAAUACUUACUGAAAAAUUAAAGGGUGGCACAAAAGAAAAAGCUAUGUUAACUUUAAUGCAGAAAAUAUAUUAAUAAUGAAGAAAAAAAAUGUUGUCUUGAUUAUCCUCAUUACAUUGACCCUUGGGAGUGAUUUGUGCUGGUUUGAAUGCUUUCAGGGUAUUGAUGUUUCAUAAGCAGUGAAUGGGUCCAAGUCUGGUUCUUGCAUACACCAUAGAGUACAUUUCUGAAACUGAGAACAAACUUUGGUUGAUGAUUUACUUCAAGCAAGUUUUCUUUGCAAAACAUGGAAUGCUUUGGUCAACAGCAAGUUGAUAUUUACUCAUUUGGAAUUCUGGUAAAAAAAAACUUUUUUAAAAAACUUAGUGAGCCAUACGUAUGUCAGCAAUGAAGUGUUCAAGGUAUAGAACUUUCAAAAUAUAGAAAGUGCAAAACACAUCAUUCUUUCUGUAUCUUAAUGUUCUAUAUCAACUUGAUUGUUGACAUGCAAAA